GGAUGGACACGUAGGAUAACAUGCCGGGGAUGGACACGUAGGAUAACAUGCCGGGGAUGGACACGUAGGAUAACAUGCCGGGGAUGGACACGUAGGAUAACAUGCCGGGGAUGGACACGUAGGAUAACAUGCCAGGGAUGGACACAUAGGAUAACAUGCCGGGGAUGGACACAUAGGAUAACAUGCCGGGGAUAGACAAAUAGGAUAACAUGCCGGGGAUGGACACACAGAGUAACAUGCCGGGGAUGGACACGUAGGAUAACAUGCUGGGGAUGGACACACAGGAUAACAUGCCGGGGAUGGACACACAGGAUAACAUUGCUGGGGAUG